CUGGCGGGAUUGUGCUUACCUCAACAAAGCCACUGCAGUGAGAGAGGGAAAGCACUGAAUGGGAGGAGAUGAACAGCCUGUCAGAGGAGAGCUAUGCUUUCUGGCUAGUGCAAUCCAAGCUGCUGCUAUGACAGUCUGAAGACUGCAGCAGCAGCCGCCUCUGGCAUCUGCAUUCAAAUCGAACACCAGCCUGCCAUUGUGGGCGAAAUUCUAAUUUCUGCACAAAAGGGCUUCUUUGUUUGGGUUGUACAGACAUGGCCAAUAGCAACCAGGCCAGUUUGCAGGACAACCAAAGCAGGCACUGCAAGUUUUUAUCUUAUAUGUUCUACCAGGCUGUCCGAGACCACAAGCCUGUGUGGAUGCUGGAGGACAUGAGGACUAUGGAGUAUUUCUACUGGGAGGAAAAUGCUAGCCUAAGGACAUAUUCACCAUCGGAAGCCCUGCUCUAUGCAGUGGUGCACAACCACCUGCCUUACGCCCAAUAUCUGCUGUCUCAUUUUCCAGAGGAAGCUCUCAAAGUCCCCGGAGAGCAUUUCUGCUAUUGCCCAUCCUCUGCACCUCACUUAGCCAUGGCUGUAACCUACGACAGGAGAGACAUCUUGGGGCUCAUUAUCAGCAUUGCGCACAAGCUGCCCAGCUUGAACUCCUACAUUAACAGGACCGGCUGCUUUCACCUGGAAGAUGGGAAGACACCCCUGCACCUUGCCUGUGAGCUCCUGAGGUCAGAGACUGUCCUCAUCCUCCUAGGGAAUGGGGCUUCCCCCAGGAUAGAAGACAGCAAAGGGCUUACCCCCCUGGAUGUCAUCCUGGAACAGAUGUGGGACUCAAAAGUCAAUGUGGCAUCCAAAAAGCUUUGCCUCGAUUACCUCUUGCUGUUCAUGCCCAGACCCCAGUUCAAGAUGCGGAGAGUUCUACAGGAGCAUCCGGAGCCUUGGACUCUUUUGCUGGGGGAGGACAAGUUCAACAGCCUGGUGGGAAAGACACCUGCUUCCUUAUAUCUUCAAUCUAUGCAAACCAUCCUUCAGACUCUUCCUCCCUCCCAUUUUCCUAAAAGCAUCCAGGAACUACCUAUACCUCAGGCAUUAAAACCCCUACCUUGUUUGAGCAAACAGCAUCUGAAAAAAAAUAUGGUAAAUGUUUUUCCAUGAUCCUCUCUCUCUCUCUCUCUCUCUCUCCCUCCUUUUUUAAAAUGUCAGAUUGAAAUGUUAACUGUUCAGGUGGGAUUUUCAAUGGUGCUUCACGCUGCAAACCAAAACCCAGUUUAGUUUUGCUUGUGCUGAACGGGACUGCUCUCCCACAAAUCACAGAAGGAUUGCUGCCUUAUGGGAGUUUACUGUCCAGUUGCUAUUGAAUUCUUAUUGAAAUCUGAGUAAUUUGUAUCUAGUUUCACUGAAAAUCCUAACCUUAGUACAUUAUGUGACAUGUCAUUUGUUAUUUCCAUAUAUAUAGCACGGCACUUUCUAAAGAAAAAAAAACCCUCUUAUAUGUUUUCUUUUGUGUAUGUAAAAGAUUAAAGCAAGACAAACUGUUUCCAAUUUUAUAUUUUACCCAUGGCACUCAAUCUAGCAUAAUUGCUAUUCAUUAUUUCUUUUUGAUACACGUUGUCUAGACUAUGAAAAGGGCAGCAUAUGAACUAAAGAUCAGAUUCCACAUCCAACUUGGUUGCUUGCCUAAAAUAUCAGAUGCAAGCUGUCUGCAGUCCCUGUUCUCCCAGAUCACCAUGCGGUUACAAAAGUAUUGGAGGGGUGGGGUGAGGGUUGAAACAGGGAACAAGAAAUAAAUUGCCACAGCACUCAGUAUUGCAAAUAGUUCUGCACGAUUCUGCUUUGUCAUCUUCAUCAAAUAAUCAUUCUUUUGGAAGAGCUGACAGAUACCUGCAUUGGUAUAAUGUCUUCUUAAAGCAGUUUCUCCUGAAUCCACUCUCCUCAACGAGUCUCUAGUUUCAAAAGUGUAGAGGGAAUUUGCCAUCUUCUGUUUGCAUCCCUCUUUGCAGUAACAAGAAAAUGCAAGGUCAGACAAAUGAAAUUGCCUCCCUCCCUUCCAAUCCUAACUGGAUGUUUCAAGAGAUGAUACAAAACCUACCCAAUUUCCUCUCUGUUACCAUCCCAUCUUAGACACCCAUCUAGCCAAGUUGUAGUUCAUGCACAGUGUUUAUUCUCAUGCCAUUGGCUGUCAGUUCUGGAUGUAUUUCUAGGAAAGAGACAAUGUUAGCCAACUAGCAUAAAUAUGGUACUGGUCCAUGGCACAUUAGAACAAAAUGAUUACUGGUUCCUCCAGAUCAAUUGCAUGAAAAGCCCUCAUCUAUGCACU